AUGGAUGCGGUGGCUGUGUAUCACGGCAAAAUCAGCCGGGAGACGGGGGAGAAGCUCCUGCUCGCCACGGGUCUGGACGGCAGCUAUUUGCUGAGGGACAGCGAGAGCGUCCCGGGCGUGUACUGCCUGUGUGUUCUGUAUCAAGGUUACAUUUAUACAUACCGAGUGUCCCAGACAGAAACAGGUUCUUGGAGUGCUGAGACAGCACCUGGGGUACAUAAAAGAUUUUUCCGGAAAAUAAAAAAUCUCAUUUCAGCAUUUCAGAAGCCAGAUCAAGGUAUUGUAAUACCUUUGCAGUAUCCAGUUGAGAAGAAGCCCUCAGCUAGAAGUACACAAGGUGCUACAGGGAGAAGAGAAGAUCCUGAUGUCUUCCUGAAAGCACCAUGAAGAAAAAUAAAACACACCUUGUACUUUAUUUUCAAUAAUUUAAAUAUAUGCUAAGUCUUAUAUAUAAUAGAUAAUAUAGUUCAGUGAGCUACAAAAGUAUUUCUAAGACCAUCAUAGUCCUGUAAUGGAAGCAUCUAGCAUGAUGUUAAAGCUGAAAUGGACUUUUCAGAUAAUGAGGAGCUUUGAAAUGAGGAUUGGGGAGAAAUAAUUCCACA